CCGCAAUUUCAGUGAUCAACUCUGCUAUUACAGAUCCUUCAAAAAAAAAAACUCUGCUAUUACAGAGAAAACGACCAAUCCACCACUACCCUCAACUGCCGUUUGCUUUGCUCCGACACUCUUUACUUUUGAAUCUAUGUUCUAGCAUAAAGCAAAUGGAAUCCAGAAAAGCAGAACCCAUUUCCCACCGGGUGACCGGGGAACCGGACUCCGUUUCUCAUCCGCUGCCCGAUAAAGCAGAUUCGGGCUCCCAAUCUCACCCGAACUCGGAUGAGCCCGAAAAAAUCACCGCUUCAGACUCUUCGCCUGCUAGCUCCGACGAAAUGGAAUACAAAACACCAGAACCCAUUUCUCGCCGGGCGCCCGGGAAACCGGAAUCAGUCUCCCAUCCGGUGCCCGCGAAAUCGAAAGCGGGCUCUCUCUGGAAUCUGAUGGAAACCGGGGAAGAUGCUGCUACAGAUUCUCCGCCAGCUUGCUCAAACCGAAUGGAAUCUAAGAAACGGGAACUUGCUUCUAGCCCGGCGGCAGAAAACCCGGGAUAUGUUUCUCAUUCGUCAUCAAAGACAGGAAAAUCAGAUUUUCACCGGAAUUCGCAAGAUACCGGAAAAGCCACCGCUUCAGAUUCUUCGCUGGUUAGCUCACUCCGAAGGAAGACCAGAAAACCAGAACCCGGAAAAGCGACAGCUUCAGCUUCUUUUCCAGCUAGUAAUCAAAAUUAUACUUCCAGCGGAGACGGCGUUACUGAAGAACAAGAUUUACCGCCGGGAGAGUCAACGCAGAGGUCUUCGAUUUCUUCCGACGUAAGCUAUUUAACCCAAGAAUCCUCCCCGAGGGAAGAAAAGGCAAUCACGUGUCUUCCGGCGCCGGCGGAGAUGGAUCCGAGGCAAGAGGUGAUGGUGAGAAGGUCAUCGGAACCGGACUCUUUGGCCUUGGUGGUGAUUGAUGAGUACGCCGGAGAUGUGGACGGCAGUGCGGGAGGAAGCAGGGGCAGCGAGAACCGGCGGAAGUUGAAGGAGAGGUUGUCGACGAUGAGGAGGUCGCAGAGAGAGAAGAAGUUGAAGAAAGCUGCUUUGGGUUUUAGGGUAUUUGGAUUUAUGCUGUGUUUGGUUUCCUUGUCCGUCAUGGUGGCUGAUCGGAGACAGGGCUGGGCUAUUGAUUCUUUCGAGCUUUACAAGGAGUUCAGGUCUUUUCUUCUUUCUGAGUGCUUCUCUGCUUAGGCGUUGUUUGGUACUCAACGACAGUCAAUGCAAUAGGGGUUGUGUACUCAGGAGCACAGGCAAUUGGUUUGAUUUAUCACUUUGCAACUGGCAGGAAUGCUUUCCACCACCCUUUCCGCCAUCUCUUUGAUUUUGCAGUAGAUCAGGUGAUAACAUACCUUCUAAUUUCUGCAUCGUCUUCGUCUGCCACACGGGUUGAUGAAUGGCGAUCCAACUGGGGAAAAGACAUGUUCCCGGAUAUGGCGAGUGCGUCUGUGACAGCGUCCUUCUUUGCCUUCCUUUCGUUGGCUUUCAGCUCUAUCAUCUCUGGUUAUGUUCUUUGCACUUCCAGAUCCAUGCACACUUAAAGUGAUUUGGUGUUUUGCAUGUAAUUUUACUCUCUUGUAACAAGCUGUUUAUUCUCAAUAAAUAUGUAAAGCCCCCUAAGUCCAAGGAAUUUGAGAUUAAGGAUUGCGAAAGUUUAGUUUUCCAGCCAACGGGAAGUACAUCUUCAGCGCAACGGAGGGAGUGACCGAGACUGUUGAGUGGAUAAAUUGAGAGAGCAGAUGGAGUGAAGCCUUGACUCAUGACUUCAAUUCCUUAACAGUUCAAUAUUGCUCAUCAUAUAAAGUUUAUGGGGACAUCAGUUUUGAACCGGAACUGGUAUUGGUACUGUCGGUUAUAGAAACAAAACCGAUAGUGAUCAUAUAUUGGGAUAAAAACAGGGGUCUCCUUAGAAAAGUAGUGUCAAUCACAUUUCACCAGAAAUGAAAUUUAAAUUAGUUCCUAAGAAGUAAGAACCAGAACUAGGACCUUGUUAUUUAAGUUUCUUUUGCAGUUCUAUCAUAUUGAGAAUUGAUACUGGUGGUUCCAAAAUUGGAGCUGGCUACUUGGCUAGGAACAGAACAAGUACAAUGAUUCAAUUUACCCUUCAUGUGUUUUAACUUUUAACAAUACUAUUAUUCAGAAUUUUAAUUGAAAAAU